AUGCGUUGUGUAAAACUAUAUAACACGUCGCUCAACGAUACGCUGCUGGUGGGACCGGUUAUUCAGGAUGAUUUUCGGUCAAUUAUCCUGCGGAGCAAAACAAGGCAAAUCAUGGUGGUUUCGGAUGUUGAAAAAAUGUUUCGACAAAUUCGAAUUAGCAAGGAGGACACCCCACUACAAAGUAUUCUGUGGCGAACGGAUCCUAGUGAGAUCAUUAGUACAUACGAGCUUACUACGGUGACGUAUGGUACAAAACCGGCCCCAUUCCUUGCUACUAGGACAUUGAAGCAACUAGCGAUGGACGAGCAAGCAUGCUACCCGAUGGCGGCCAAAGCGGCAACGGAAGAUGAUUAUAUGGACGACGUUCUAAGUGGCGCGGAUAACCCAGAGGAAGCAUUAGAUAUGUAA